AAAUACGUCAGGUCCGUAAAUAAAGAGAGACGAAUUGCAAUGUUUACAUUUUAACAGCAAUGUAAUGCAUUAAUAUCCAAAGAUUUCCACAACUUAUUGCAAGAAAAUGCCUUGGACAUUUCCAUGGACAGAAUUUCUUAAGAAAAGGGCUUGUAGAUAUCUUUUACAACACUACCUGGGACAAUUUUUGAAAGAGAAGUUGUCUUUGGAUCAGCUGAGUGUUGACUUGUACAAUGGACGAGGUUCAAUCAAAGAUUUAGAGUUAGAUGUAGAGGCUUUGAAUGAUGCCUUGGAUAGCAGCAGUGUACCGCUAGAGAUAAUUGAUGGCUUCAUCAAUCAGAUAUGUGUAUCUGUACCCUGGACCAACCUCAUACAGAGUAGUACAGAGUUGGAGAUUCAGGGAUUGGAGCUUACUGUUCAGCCAAAACAAAGGAGUCAAAAUGUAGGUGGUUUGGAGACCAUGUUCAACAGUAUGUGCAGCAUGACUAGCAGUUUACAGAUUGCAGAGGACUGUCUGAAGUCCACCUCAGAUGGGGACCAGGGACAGGACCUGGGUACACCUUUUGAGGGGGUACAGAAAUUUGCUCAGACAAUUGAUUCAGUGUUAUGCCGAGUAAAAGUGACUCUAGUUGACACGGUCAUAAGAGUAGAACACCUGCCAAACACAGCAGAAAAAGGCGUAGCAUUGGAAAUCAAAAUCAAAAGAGUUGAAUAUUUUGAUGACCUUGCUAAAGAGGAGGGUAGUCCUGUGGAUGACACCUCCAGAACAACAUGGGAGCCAGCAGCAGUUGCUCACAAAAACAUUUUGAUUGAUGGCAUUCAGAUUUUGUGUGAUGAAUUUAGUCGUCCUACACAACAAAAUUACGACAGAAUGGACUCCACUGGGUCAUCUCCUCAGACUUUCAUGUCCACCACUAGUUCCCCACCAUGUUCCCAUGACAACCAGCAGGGGACAUCACCAGUGACUGAAGUUUUCUCAGAUCCUAUACAGAUUGCUGGUUUUACUGGUAGAUCCAGUCUAAAGGUGAAAAUCAAACAAGAAGAAGGAGUUCAGGGACCAAAGGUUGAGAUAGAAUUAGAUGUUGGAGGAGUCCACCUGCUGAUGAGUCCUGCUCAGUUCCACUCUGUUCUGGACCUGGUAGAUGGCUUUCUGUCUCCAAAUUCCAGUGACGGAGGCAGGAGGCGGGCCAGAAGUAAGAGUAAACCAAUGAGUGACGAGGAUUACAGGAAGGUGGAGACAGAGCUCCAGCGACAGCUCCACUCUGACAGAAUCCACUUCCACCAAACAGAUACAAUGAUGGCUACAGAUCUCCAAGAUAUCAUGACUCACUCCAUAGGAGAAGAACAGUACUUUUCUCUAGCCCCAGACCAGAUGAGAGACAUGGAGUCCUCUAUAAAUAGUAAUUUCAGCACGGCCUCGGGAAGAUCAGGAAGCACUGUCACUACCAUGAGAUCUGGAUCAAAAAAAAAUACGAGAGCUGGAAGAGAUUCAAUGCAGCGCUUCUUUGAUGAUCCCACUGCAGAACUCUGUCGGUAUCACCUGAGAGCAGCCUUCUUUUCUCUGGCUUUAUUGCAUGAAAACCCCUCCCAGAAAGUGGACCUUUCUACCAGUGCCAAAGCAGAAAACAAGAACCAAAUGAAGGCAAUUGCAGCACAGUAUUUCCAGAAAAUGCAAGCAUUUAGUGCUGCAAGUGGCAGAGAAGUUAAGGAACUACGUGCUGCCUUCUCUGGGGCACUGCCUCAUGAUCAUCUAAGAUUAAUAGGUAAACCACUGAACGUAGAGAUAGUGGAGAGAACAGCCCCUACCCACCAUUGUGUGACGAUGGAUGUCACUGCUGGAUUCUUGGAUGUAGUGGAAUAUCUGUCCAAUAGAAAUCUGGAAAAUGUUCAACCAGACUCUACAGAGAUUUUGGUUUUCCCUCGUGAUGUCUCCUCAAGGCCUGGACAGUUAUAUAGCAGUAUGCACUCUGGGGCACCUGCACUUAAAGCUCACAUCAGAUCAGUGCAACAGAACUCGAGGUCUCAAAGGACAGGAACUGGACCUAGAACAGAGAUCUCUGUCAGCUUGGCCAGACUAGAAUGUGAGGUGGACGUGACAAUUAUAGACAGAAUAAACACUCUGAUUAAACCCUCUUCCCACCGGCCUUACAACACAAACAAUACCGCCUCACAAGGGGGUCCUGCAUACAGCUUCUCCCAAACCUUGGAGGAUGAGUGUGCUACAGACGAGACAAAAAUAGAUCUAACUAUUACCUGUCCAGAGGCUAAACUCACAAUCAGGUUCCCAAUCCCAGACUUGAGAAAUGGGUCAGAGGUUACUAAGCUCCCAUGGUGGCAGAAGAAUCUGAGGGAUGAGUUACUGAUCUUGGACUUGGAAGAGGCUCGAUUUCAGAUGUCAUGUGUCUCCAAUCAGCCCAUUAAACAGAUGGAGGUCUCCAGCAAAACAGUUUUAGGAUCUUUCAGAAUAGAUCCAAACCAGAGUGCCAUUCCCUUUGCCUUUGUUAGCUGUGAAGGAAAUGAUGGUCAGGAGGGGUUUAACUUCCCUCAAAUAAUUAUAAAAUUCACAGAGCAGACCAUCUCAGUACUUGACGAAGAAACCCCUGACUCGGACAACAGUAUUCCAUUAGACUCACUUAACGGUGCUUGUGAAUUCGGCAAACAAGACACCUCCCCCUUUUCCACAAAGAAACACAUGUAUGGGAAGGGUGAGAUGUCAGAUCAGGCCACACAACAUGUCAGUGAUGAGAUGGUUAUGCCUGGCAGUAGAGAUGAUAUGACUGACUUCCAGGAGAGAGCCUCUGCGAGUUGUCUGACUCUAGUCCAGUUAAUUUUACCCCUCGUCAAUCUGUACAUUCCAGACCAGAAGUUCUUUGAAGUUUUGUAUAAUAGGUUAAACAAUGACUUGUUGCUAUGGGAACCAAUGGCUCCAUCUCCAAUCCAUACACAGGAUCAGGGUCCUGGAUCUAUACAACCUUUUGACCUUAGUUGUUACACGCAGGUGCUACAGGAGAACUUCUCCCUGGCAAAAUCAGCCAUACAAUAUGACUCUUCAGAAGAGGAGGAGGACAGUAGCUUUGGUUACUAUAGUAUCCAUGACAGCAGGCAUCCUCGCCGGACGGGGGACCAGAAGUCUCGGCCCAGUAAAUUGUGUCUUUCACUUAAAAUAGACAAAGGGAAAAUAACUGCACAUACUGAUUCUAAGGUGGAGGAGUCUCAUGGUGAAGUUAUGGGCCUCGUCAAGGAUGCCAAUCUGUUUGUUGCAUCUAGUUACCAAGGAAAUCCACUUCUUCAAUAUGUUUGUUUUUACUGUAACAAGGCUACACUGUAUCAUAAUGCUGCUGUACCAGAUAAAAAGGAAGAAUUUGAAGUAAGAAACUUAGACUUUGAGACAAUUCCUGCCCACUUGGAGAACUGUUGUAUUAUAUACAGAUCUGAGCCUGGUAUACAGUGUCACCAGACAGGGGAUAUAGAGUCAGAGGUCAGGGACAUGGUCUCAGUUGCAGUCAAAAUAAAGCUGGACUCCACACCCCUCAGUGACCUGACCCGGGACGAGAAAAUCAAGGAAUUCACAGUCGCUGUAGGGGUAACAGGAGCUACACUGAGACACAAGAUGGCUGACACAGACAUGAGUUGGAUUUCACAGAUGAUGGAUUUCUUAGAUGUUAAGGACUAUGAUAUCCUGGGUUAUGUCACUCCCAAGGUUCUGACAGAGCUGCACAUCCAUCUCUGGGAUUGUGCUGUAGACUACAGACCACUACAUUUACCCACCAGAGGAGUUGUGACAGCUAACUACUUCAGUAUUUCCAGUAAUAUAGUGGCCAACUCACAAACUUCACUUCUUAGGUUUGUGUUGGAGGAUGCUGGGAUGUAUUUGUCUCAGAAGAAAGGAAGAGACACUGCUGUUAACCUUAAGAAAGAUUAUGUGUGUGUGUUGGAUGUUGAGAGUUUUGAGCUGGAGUUGAGGAGCAGUGAUGGUAAAGACAAGAGAUUUCCUAAGACGGACCUCCGACUCAGGACGAACAGGAUCAACCUGAGGACCUGCUCUGAUUCCUGUAAGGCCUUGUUUGAAUUGAUCCGAUACUUUGCCGGUGAUGGUGACCUGAAGGAGUAUGAAGAGACAGACGUAAAGCAACAAAGCCUGGAUCUGGAGAUGAUGACACAAGAAGAGUCUGUUGGUGAGGAAGAAUCCAAGAAAAAGGAUCUGAGUGAAUCCAGACUGGAGAAUCUAUCCAGUCAUCUGGAAGAGGCCAUGCAGGAAUCUGGAUCUGGAUCAGAUAAUGAUGGAUCUGAAAACUCUAAACAAAGUCCAAACAAAACCCAGGUGUUCUUUGUUCCCCCUGGAGAUAUGACCGAUACAGAGGUUCCCCCGGCAGGUGUGAUGCGACCGAUUGUGAUAACAGCCAAUGCUGAGUCAGUGACCAGUAGCGCUGUGUCAGAGAGGACUGAUAUCUUCAGUGAUGAGGAGGAAGAGGACUUCUGUAUCAUUGAUGACCCGGGACUAGGCAUUGCUCCCAGGGAUGGAAGACCAGAGGUGAAGAUCUUCACAGAUCAACCCAUAGAGAUAAAGGAUAACUAUUUUAGUCAGCCACAUGGUAAAACAGAUUUAUUGAAAGCCCCCGACAACUAUCCCGGUGCUGAGUACAGGUACACUCUGAAAGAACUGACCAUUGUGUGGUAUAUGUAUGGUGGAAGAGACUUUUGUGAUAAACCUGCACCACGGAAACCGGUGGAAAAAGAGGUAGUGAUGUCACGGAAAAUGAUGGAUUAUGGAGACUAUGUGAUGGAGCCUUCAAUAAGAUUUACCUCCAAAGGGUCACCAAUGGACCGUAUUCCAUGGCAACAUCGGGGAGGAGUUGGGAGGGACCACAAUACUUUGUUGGAGCUUCAGUUGACCAAGGUGAGAUUUCAGCAUGAGACCUACCCCAGUCACACAGAGCAAGCCUCACGUCAAGUGCUUGUCAUCAGUGAUGUGGAGAUUAGGGACAGGCUGGCCGACUCCAAAAUCAACAAGUUCCUGUAUCAGUAUUCCUCAGAAAAUAUGCCAAAACAAACCAAUUCCAAUAUGGUGUAUAUUAAAGCAGUACAUAAGAGACCAGAUCCCAGUGUGAAAACAGAGGAGUGUUCGUUACGUGUUUCUCUACAGCCCCUCAGACUCAACAUUGAUCAGGACUCACUGUUCUUCCUAAAGAAAUUCUUCACAGAAAUCACAGGUGGUAAUCUGGACAAUCCAAGUGACACUGACCCCAAACAAAGGUCAAGGCCAGUGUCUGGAGGCAGUGGUGGUGCCCCAGCUCCUGUAAUAACUGUUGGUCAACCUGACAUCCCUGGGGAAGUGGGAAAUAAUCAGGAAUUGCUGAUGAAAUUUGAUGAGAUGCAGCAGAGCAUGGCCAGUCAGGCGUCCGUGUCCUCGGCUACUUCUGCCACCAGUAGUGACCAGGACCGGACGGAACAAUCACAGCCAGUAUUUAUCAAAAACUUUAUAUUUUCUCCUGAUGUGCCAAUUCGCCUUGACUACCAUGGAAAAAAGUGGGUUGAUAGAGAACAUGGAACCCUAGCAGGUGUACUGGUGGGAUUAGCUAAUUUGAACUGUUCUGAAUUAAAACUAAAGAGACUGAAUUAUAAACAUGGCCUCCUGGGCCUAGACAAGCUGCAGGCUUACUGUGUUAAUGAGUGGAUUACAGACAUCUUAAAAACUCAGCUUCCAAGCAUUCUGGGAGGUGUAGGACCAAUGCAUUCUUUUGUACAAUUAGGUCAAGGCAUCAGGGAUCUUUUCUGGCUGCCUGUGGAGCAGUACAAGAAAGACGGCAGAAUUGUUCGGGGGUUCCAAAGAGGGGCAACCUCUUUCUCCACAUCCACUGCCAUGGCUAUGUUAGAACUGACCAAUCGAGUGGUCCAGUCUGUGCAGUAUGUUGCUGAAGUGACCUAUGACAUGGUGACCCCUGGCCCUGGGUGUCGAGUACAGCGUCGUCGGUUACGUGGUCCACCUGCAGAUAUGAGAGAGGGGGUUGAAAAUGCUUACAUUGCUAUCACAGAGGGAUUCAGUAACACAGCAUACAACAUCGUAGAGGUUGCAACAAAAGAGCAUCAACAAAAAGGUAUGACGGGGGCUGUAGGGGCGGCCAUUAGACUGGUCCCUCCCACAGUUCUCUCCCCUGUCAUUAUAGCGACAGAGGCCACAUCCAAUGUCUUGGGAGGCAUGCGGAAUCAGCUGCAACCAGAUGCUCGUAAAGAGGAUGAAGAAAAGUGGAAAGAGAACCAGACCUGAGAGGUAGAUAAGAUAGCAAUGUAGUGAUCAGGAAAAGUGACAGGGCAACAAAGAAAUACAACACAGGAUGACCAUAGUCAUCUGUUUCUAUGUGCAAUAUUCCUUUGCUUUUUACCUUUGUGACUUUGUUGAAUUGAACUUAUAAUACAUGUAUUAUAUGUACUUAAAUGUGGAUAUAAAUUUAUAUGUGCAGUAAUGGCUUCCAUCCUUAUAGUACAUGUUUUCAAUAAUAUGCUUUGCUGGUAAGAAAUCAUUGUAUUUUAAGUCUAGAACUGGAUAGUAUUUUAAUUUUCAGUUCAGAAUAUGAGUAUUUGGUAUAAACAUGGACAUGUGUGUAUGAUGCAAGUGAAUAAGUCAUUGAAUUUGAUUUAAAGAAAAUGAAUGCAUUUGUAUUUGGACAGCAUUUAAUGUUAAAAAUGUGUUAUAGAUGAAUGAAUCAUUCUAAAGCAAUGUUUUGACAAUUUCAGUGACAUUUAGAAUGAUUCAUUUUAUAAGUUUAAUUUCUAUUGUUAAAUGGUAAGAUCUCCAUACUCAAAUUGUCUGGGUUGCAAAUUUUUUUUCUCCAACUUUGUGGAAAUAAAAAAAAUGAUGACUUAAGUUUACCAGUAUAAUUACAGAGAUGGAACUGCGUCUCUAAUCUCCAUUUACUCUCUAGUCUGCCACGAUGAUACAUUAUGCUUCCUAAUAGGAAGUUUGUGAUUGGUUGUUGUCAGUCAUGUGAGUGAUCAUGUGAUAUUUUGAUUUGAAGUUAUUUUUGUUUGCACUUUAUCAUGCAGAGUUCAUAUCAUUGUUAUUGACUUGUAUGUUGAUUUAGUAUUACAGUGAUAUAUUAUAUAUAUGUAUGUGAUAAUUUUUAAAUAUUUAAUAAAUUACAGACACUGUCUUGCA